GGUCCUGCCGAGGGGCGGAGCUUCGCGGCGGCUGAGGCGGCUGAGGCGGCCCGAGCGGGGCGGGAGGCCGCGGGACGGCAGCGGCGGCCAUGGGGCAGUGCGGCAUCACCUCCUCCAAGACCGUCCUCGUCUUCCUCAACCUCAUUUUCUGGGCAGCUGCAGGCAUCCUGUGCUAUGUGGGAGCCUACGUCUUUAUCACCUACGAUGACUACGACCACUUCUUCGAAGAUGUUUAUACGCUUAUCCCUGCAGUGGUCAUCAUAGCAGUGGGGACCCUCCUCUUCAUCAUUGGCCUGAUUGGCUGCUGUGCCACAAUCCGGGAAAGCCGCUGUGGUCUCGCCACGUUUGUGAUCAUCCUUCUGUUGGUUUUCGUCACGGAAGUGGUGGUUGUGGUUCUGGGUUAUAUCUACAGAGCCAAGGUGGAGGCCGAAGUUGAUCACAGCAUUAAGAAAGUGUAUGACGCAUACAAUGGGACAAACCCGGACGCUGCAAGUCGUGCAAUCGAUUAUGUGCAGAGGCAGCUGCACUGCUGUGGGAUCCACAACUACACAGACUGGGUGUCAACAACCUGGUUCAAAGAAGCGAAAAACCACAGCGUGCCCCUCAGCUGUUGCAAAGCCACCAUCAGCAACUGCACAGGAAGCUUAACUCGUCCCACAGACCUUUAUUCUGAGGGGUGUAAAGUGUUGGUGGUAAAGAAACUGCAGGAGAUCAUGAUGUACGUGAUCUGGGCAGCCUUGGCAUUUGCCGCUAUUCAGCUGCUGGGCAUGCUCUGUGCCUGCAUUGUCCUCUGCAGGAGGAGUCGGGAUCCUGCCUAUGAGCUGCUCAUCACGGGGGGAACCUACGCCUAGAAGCAGCAGCAGGCGAAGCUCAAAGUCCGUUUCCUCUGCUUGGAAGCCAGCUUGGCGGGGCCACCCGGAGCAGCCGUUCCGCUGACUUCGGCUCGGCCACAAGGACCCCUUUUGUAAACUUGGACAGUUAGCGCAGACACCAGUGAUGGGCAAAGCUUGGCCUUCAGUCCCCUCCAUGUCACCAACUCCCAUGUCUUUAGCCAGCUUUCCACUUACCUGUACAUGGUAGCAACCAAGUAACACUAUUUUUGGAACCGUUUAUUUUUAACAAGAAAUGGCUUGAAAGCUAGGGCUGACCUAAGUUACAGCUAGAUGGUACAGUGAUAUAUUCUUCUAUGUGGGGAACCUUCAAAAUUUGCUGGGUGGCAUUAUCAAUCAGAGUUGUGUGAGGGAAGUCAAUUACUUUAAUUUUGCGAAAUUUAAUUCUGCUGCUGCUUGCCUCUCACCAGUGUUUUAGUCUUUUUUUUUUUUUUUAAGCAAACCCUUAAGUCAAGUCCAGAACACUACAAAAUAACUACUAAUCAAAAUUUUAGAAUCAUACUAGCACAUCUCGACCUUCUUAAAUCCAAAUGAACAAACCUUCCGAACUUCAGUGUGUUAAAAUGCAAACUGGCUUUUCAGGAGUGUGAUGUAUGCACUACCGUUCUAUGAUGAAUUUUUCAUUUUUUACUAUAACGGGGCCGUUUCUGUACUGAGUGACUUGUUAUCAUAGAGUAGCAAAAUAGAAUGUGAUAAAGUGAAAUGUAAAUAGGAAACCAGAUUAAAUAAAUCUUCUGUACAUCUCCCCAAAACUAA